AAACUGUUAGAGCUCUCACAUCUAACUUUGAAUCUGUCUUAUUGAAGGCUCCAGUACUUCACCAAGUGCAGUCCCCCCCAUGGCAAUGCCACAGAUGUCUGGCAUGCCCCCUUUCAUGAUGCCACCGCCACCAUUUAUGAUGCCUCCUAUGAUGGGCUUGCCGUUCAUGCCACCCCCUCCACCACCUCCCAGUACCGAAGACCUUUCGUCACUUGGAGUGGAGGAGCUGGCAGCUGUAGAGGGAAGAGAGAGGCAGCAGGUUGAGUCCCGUAUUGCGAUGCUGAGGAACGUACACAUGUUGCUUGAUGUGGCUAUAGGCCAACUGAACCAGUACACGCAGAUGGUCAACGCACAGAGCCAAGCUUCCUCUUCCACGUCAACACAAACAAACUCUUCGACUGAAUCCAGUGCGGCAAAAACCAAAGGAGAGAAACCUCCUGCUAAGCCAAAAGACGCUCCUAAAAGUACUUCUGAUUGGCCUUCCCUCACCUCCCCCGCCAUCCAACCCGUCGCACCAGCCACGCCCAGUACCACUACUACAGCACCUUCGACGGCUGAUAGUAAAGAGACUACAUCCCCUCUGGUCCCCGAGGCUGUGGGCGCGAGUCCAGAGGCUGCAGACAGUGCGGAGGAUGAGGCCAGUCAAGAGCUGAGGAGGAGGCGACUGGAGCGGUUCAUGAGCGGCGAGGCCGAGGGGAAGAAGGCGGAAGAUACGAACGAGUCAUCAGUUUGAUGUUGAUGAACUGCCUGAACGAGCCACGUAUCCUGCUGAAGCCGAGUAUUUAGCUCGAUUUACUAUAGUCCGACUGGAAGGGGGACACCUUUCGAUACAGAAGGAUGACAUUCCUUUAGGUAGACCACACUCGAUAAGGAGACCCUGUUAUUAGGGUUUUUUGUUGAAAUCUUUGUAACAAGGGGUAGUCAGAGUCCCAUGCCUUUUAUCCCUUCAAUUUGAGUGGGCUGGACGGGUGUUGCCUAUGAUAAAGUGAGGUACAAAUGAUAGUUAAGCGGAUCCAGUAAAUCUUGAGAUCGUUUUUUCUGUGUGUGGCCUGAGAUCACGUCUUGUUUUAGUAAGGGUAAUUACUCCGACCAAACUUUGCUAAAGCUUUAAGACGACACUUAAUGAGACUGAGAAGUUUUGUUAACGUUUUGUUACCCUUUGUGCUUUGUUACAAUAGAACCUCCUUUAAAAUAGCCCUCAAGGUGACUCGCCUGACAGUUAUACAGAGAAUUUACUUGCUAGAAGCCCUAGUUUCUCAGGGACACUUAAAGGCGCUUUUCACCACUUGUUUAUACGGGCAUUUGCGGAUAGCGCGGAUGGGGAAUUCGUCAAUAGGGCGUGGGCAGGACAUUCGUUGUAGGGUAUAUAGUUAAGGCUUUAGAAUAUUGAAUUAUACCGCAGCACGAGCUGCAAGGGUUUUUAAAAGUCCUUGUAAUCAUGGAACCAAUGAAUGUGUAAAGAAAAUAUAUUUGUAUUAUUUAAAGUUACUGUUUUGACCUGAAGACGUCCAAUAAAAACAGUGACAAUA